AGCCAAAGCACACAAACAGUACUCUUCCAUCUCUGUGUGUUUCACCACGGACCAUUAUCUGUUGUCCCUGACACAGGUGCCCAGCUGGAAAGCUUCCCAAAUGGGCACCGCGAUGCCCCACGCUGCAGCCGUCCCCGCUCCUCCCUGCAGACCCACUGCUGGCUGCAAGCAGACACAGCACGGUCCCCUCCCUGCCUACAGCCCUUCAACAGAGCUUCAUGGACUGCUGGGCUCUGGAGUCCCACCAGCGGUGGCUCUGCAGGGAAAAGCAGCAAGGGCUCUUCAGCCAUGUCUCCCCUUGCCGCUCCCUUCUGCCAGGCCCCCGGCAUCAUCGUCUUUGUGACAUCACCGCGGUGCACCCAAGGGAUACGGGAGAGCACCCGCUGGUACCCACAGUCAGUCAGCGCCAGCAGCCUCUCCUGCCUGACUGUUGGGACUGGGCCUGGUUCUCCAGGGCAGUGGCUGCCGAGCGAACCGUGGGUCCAGGGCCGACAGCAGAAAUGGAAUGGGAGCCGGCUCCCGCACCAGCGCCAUCCCUUUGUGCUCCGCAUGCGCUGGGGCAGUCGGCAGACACGGCUGCUGCCGGCCCUUCAGGACAGGGGCAAACAGCGCCCUGUGACACAGCCGCAGCAGCCACACAGGAGGAGCGGGAUGUGCAACCCAGCAGCGAGGGACACGACACCGUCCGAAUCCCUCCUCUUUCCAACCGGAGCAGGGGCCCAGCCAGCGAAUUCUCAGGCCUCAGCUUUCCACAGAGGCUGUGGAAGAUCCUGGAAAGCAGCGAGUUUCGGUCCAUCUGGUGGGGUAUGGGAGGAAAAUGUGUGGCCAUCAGUGAAGAACUCUUCCAACAGGAGGUGCUGGGCCGGGUUUUCUCCACACAGAAGAUGAACUCUUUCCUCCGGCAACUGUACAACUACGGCUUCACCAGAGUGCACCCAGACUCCCAGAGAUCUGCCUCCCUGCCUGAAUUCCUUGCUGAGGAAGCAGCAGCCUCUUCUCACAGCAAGGUGCUCUACUACCACAGCCCCAGCUUCAGCAGAGAGCGUCCCCAGCUGCUGGAGCAGCACAAGAGGAAAGCUGCCAUCAAGCGGAACGCCCGGGGGGCAGCACAGGAGGAGGAAAAACAUCCCCCCAGAAGCGCCGAUGCGCAGCCUGCAGUGCACACGAGGGCAUCUCCACCCGCCAAGCGACGGAAUGGAGCACUUCCUGGCCCCAGCACUGCCCGUCCAUCCCCAAGGGCAGCCUAUCCCUCAAGCCCAGAGCCUGCCAGAGCAGCAGGCAGAGAGAGCUUCAUCCCUCCCAACCUCCGCUUCCCACUACCAUGGUGCCCAGCUGGAAAGCUUCCCAAAUGGGCACCGCGAUGCCCCACGCUGCAGCCGUCCCCGCUCCUCCCUGCGGACCCACUGCUGGCUGCAAGCAGACACAGCACGGUCCCCUCCCUGCCUACAGCCCUUCAACAGAGCUUCAUGGACUGCUGGGCUCUGGAGUCCCACCAGCGGUGGCUCUGCAGGGAAAAGCGGCAAGGGCUCUUCAGCCAUGUCUCCCCUUGCCGCUCCCUUCUGCCAGGCCCCCGGCAUCAUCGUCUUUGUGACAUCACCGAGGUGCACCCAAGGGAUACGGGAGAGCACCCGCUGGUACCCACAGUCAGUCAGCGCCAGCAGCCUCUCCUGCCUGACUGUUGGGACUGGGCCUGGUUCUCCAGGGCAGUGGCUGCCGAGCGAACCGUGGGUCCAGGGCCGACAGCAGAAAUGGAAUGGGAGCCGGCUCCCGCACCAGCGCCAUCCCUUUGUGCUCCGCAUGCGCUGGGGCAGUCGGCAGACACGGCUGCUGCCGGCCCUUCAGGACAGGGGCAAACAGCGCCCUGUGACACAGCCGCAGCAGCCACACAGGAGGAGCGGGAUGUGCAACCCGGCAGCGAGGGACACGACACCGUCCGAAUCCCUCCUCUUUCCAACCGGAGCAGGGGCCCAGCCAGCGAAUUCUCAGGCCUCGGCUUUCCACAGAGGCUGUGGAAGAUCCUGGAAAGCAGCGAGUUUCGGUCCAUCUGGUGGGGUAUGGGAGGAAAAUGUGUGGCCAUCAGUGAAGAACUCUUCCAACAGGAGGUGCUGGGCCGGGUUUUCUCCACACAGAAGAUGAACUCUUUCCUCCGGCAACUGUACAACUACGGCUUCACCAGAGUGCACCCAGACGCCCAGAGAUCUGCCUCCCUGCCUGAAUUCCUUGCUGAGGAAGCAGCAGCCUCUUCUCACAGCAAGGUGCUCUACUACCACAGCCCCAGCUUCAGCAGAGAGCGUCCCCAGCUGCUGGAGCAGCACAAGAGGAAAGCUGCCAUCAAGCGGAAGGCCCCGGGGGCAGCACAGGAGGAGGAAGAACAUCCCUCCAGAAGCGCCGAUGCGCAGCCUGCAGUGCACACGAGGGCAUCUCCACCCGCCAAGCGACGGAAUGGAGCACUUCCUGGCCCCAGCACUGCCUGUCCAUCCCCAAGGGCAGCUGCUCCCUCAAGCCCAGAGCCUGCCAGAGCAGCAGGCAGCAAGAGCUUCAUCCCUCCCAACCUCCGCUUCCCACCACCAUGGUGCCCAGCUGGAAAGCUUCCCAAAUGGGCACCGCGAUGCCCCACGCUGCAGCCGUCCCCGCUCCUCCCUACAGACCCACUGCUGGCUGCAAGCAGACACAGCACGGUCCCCUCCCUGCCUACAGCCCUUCAACAGAGCUUCAUGGACUGCUGGGCUCUGGAGUCCCACCAGCGGUGGCUCUGCAGGGAAAAGCAGCAAGGGCUCUUCAGCCAUGUCUCCCCUUGCCGCUCCCUUCUGCCAGGCCCCCGGCAUCAUCGUCUUUGUGACAUCACCGCGGUGCACCCAAGGGAUACGGGAGAGCACCCGCUGGUACCCACAGUCAGUCAGCGCCAGCAGCCUCUCCUGCCUGACUGUUGGGACUGGGCCUGGUUCUCCAGGGCAGUGGCUGCCGAGCGAACCGUGGGUCCAGGGCCGACAGCAGAAAUGGAAUGGGAGCCGGCUCCCGCACCAGCGCCAUCCCUUUGUGCUCCGCAUGCGCUGGGGCAGUCGGCAGACACGGCUGCUGCCGGCCCUUCAGGACAGGGGCAAACAGCGCCCUGUGACACAGCCGCAGCAGCCACACAGGAGGAGCGGGAUGUGCAACCCGGCAGCGAGGGACACGACACCGUCCGAAUCCCUCCUCUUUCCAACCGGAGCAGGGGCCCAGCCAGCGAAUUCUCAGGCCUCAGCUUUCCACACAGGCUGUGGAAGAUCCUGGAAAGCAGCGAGUUUCGGUCCACCUGGUGGGGUAUGGGAGGAAAAUGUGUGGCCAUCAGUGAAGAACUCUUCCAACAGGAGGUGCUGGGCCGGGUUUUCUCCACACAGAAGAUGAACUCUUUCCUCCGGCAACUGUACAACUACGGCUUCACCAGAGUGCACCCAGACUCCCAGAGAUCUGCCUCCCUGCCUGAAUUCCUUGCUGAGGAAGCAGCAGCCUCUUCUCACAGCAAGGUGCUCUACUACCACAGCCCCAGCUUCAGCAGAGAGCGUCCCCAGCUGCUGGAGCAGCACAAGAGGAAAGCUGCCAUCAAGCGGAAGGCCCCGGGGGCAGCACAGGAGGAGGAAGAACAUCCCCCCAGAAGCGCCGAUGCGCAGCCUGCAGUGCACACGAGGGCAUCUCCACCCGCCAAGUGACGGAAUGGAGCACUUCCUGGCCCCAGCACUGCCCGUCCAUCCCCAAGGGCAGCUGCUCCCACAAGCCCAGAGCCUGCCAGAGCAGCAGGCAGAGAGAGCUUCAUCCCUCCCAACCUCUGCUUUCCAC